AUGGAUGCCAUUUCUCCAACCAUGGUGGGUGAGACAGUGUUGGUUGAUGCAUCUUCAUUCAUGUUAUUUGAGGCGAGUGGCGAUUCCGAAUCCCAGUAUUACGACACGGGGGAGCAGGCCAAAUCCACGGCUGAGGACGAUGCCGAGUCCUGCACCUGCACCUGCACCUGCGCCUUUUUAUCCCGCACUAGCGCCCCGGCUCGUAUUGACGAUGAUAUUGAUGAUGAGGACGAUGGUUGUGCAGCUGAGCUGGAGGAUGGAGUGGUUGAUCAAUACAAUUCUAUUGCCACUAAAAACCGAGAGGAGACAGAUAGGCUAUUUUGGGAGGCUUGUUUGUCGUCGUAA